GUUGCCCGUGAACGCGCCCUCGAAAGGAACCCUGGGAACGACAAGAUGGCGGGACGUUCAAAAACACCUCCGAUCGGCGGAAUUUACAGCAAAAUAAACUGUAAAUAACAAACUACAACUCAGCGUUAACCCGCGCAAACUGUCGACUGGCAAACCGUCAACGGAUCGGUCGGUAACAGACCAGUAAACCAUGAACCAGGGCCGCCGAAACAUCCCUCCUCCGUCCGGUCUCCCACAGCAACAACCGACGGCCCCGUCAGAACCAUCGAGACCCAACCGACUGAGGAGAAGCUUCAGUCGGACUCAGCAGACUCAGUCAGCGGCGGAGGUCGAGUCUCCAAAGAGCCAUCGGCCGGAUUUUAAGAGCCCGACCAGGAUCCCGAGAUCCAGAGCAGUUGGUGUUUUCACUGUAGAGUCCCCAAACAACGACUCAGACUUUCAGCAGGACAUCAUCUGGGACGCCACCUCUCCUUCACCCAACAGACACGGUAAAAGAGGCAAGAAACAGCCUGCUGGAGUUGUGAACAUCUCAGAGAUUGUUAGUAGGAUCGCUCCAAAGUAUGGCAGACCGAAGGUUGCAGAGCCGACUUUACAACAGUGGAUCGGGGACAGUGCCGGCAUUCCCUGCACGCCAGAUGUUCAAGUUCCCAAACCCAAGAAGAAAUCCCCGAGGCCAAACGGAGUGGACGACCUGCUGAAGCUGGCCAAACAGUUUGACUUCAACAUGUUUCAUCAGGAUGAAGAAGAAGUGGAGGACCUGCACCAGCAAAGUCUGGAGCUCCUGUCAGAGGACAUCCUGGAUUUAGAGAACGGAGAUCAAAACGACAACUGCCAACCAGCUGUGACGGCGCCGGCCGGGUCAGACGAGCAGCUUCACCUGGAUCAAUAUAUGGAGGACGAUUUGGAUUUUCUGUUUGAUGGACCAACCCAACAUUUAAGCGGAAAUCUAAGUCAGGUGUCGUCAGCUCAGCUGUCACAAGUAAAACCUGCUUCCAAAGAGGCCUCUGGGAAACUGUCUGCUUCCUCACUCGGCCCCUCCUCUGGUGUUUCCACGACGAACACUAAAGGAACAUCAGUAAAAGACGAGUUUGAUGACGAUUGGGAAAACGAUGACUUGCUAAAUGAUUCUUUAGUGUUUGAGAUGACACAAAAUCCACAGAACUUCAUUGCUCCAAAGCAUUGUUCAACCCAGAAACCACCCAGUCAAAUACAGAAAAGUCCAGCAAAUGUAGCGGUUCAGUCAACUGUUUCUAAAAUGGAAAAAGACAACGUGAGACAAAGAACGACUUUCAAACUGGAGUCUAAUCCUAAUUUCUCUGUCAAAAGAAUCCAGACGGACACAUGGACAAACUUGAAGGUGGAUUAUAGCUCAAAAACAGCUGAAAAAGACACUCAGAAGAACAGGUUUUCAUCCGGUAACAGUGUUGUAGUUGAGGCCGGAUCUCAGCGUACCAGGCAAACAUCAAACACAGUGAAGUCAGAUCCACAGAAAGCACCGUUUCAAAGGACUUCUGUUGCCAAAUACAACACAACUGCAUCAAACACAUCAGCUACAAAAACAGCUCAAAAUGUUCCGAUAAAACCUGCGGUAGUCUCAUCCCACAGCGAGGCGCCUGCUGUCUCCGACCUCCUGGACGAGGAUCUGUCCUCGUUCUUCUCGUCUGACCCGGUUUGGGACGACCCCGCUGACGACGACCUGCUGUGUGAAAUGUGUGAAGACGUGGAGAACCAGAUCCAGAGUGCGGGGAAUGUUUCCACCAAACAGACUCUUCCUGGGGGUCACAUGUCAAACCAGAGAGGCUCUGCAUCUCUGCAACCGUCCAACAGCAAACAACAGCCAGCCAAUCAGCAACAUUUGGCUCCCAAAAAACAAGCACCAACAAGUCUUCCCUGUGCUUCAGGAAGACCAGCUGGCAGUUCAUUGGCUGGUGGUUUCGUCUCUCACAUCGCUGCAGGUGUACAGAAGAGGGAUUCUUUCAGAUAUACGAAAGCGAACAACACUUCAGGAUCCACAAACAGCUCAACAUGUGUCCAGUCAGCACCGCAGGGAAACCCCCGCAAAGACCAGUUCACCUUCAAGAAGCCAAACAGCCCAGUUUCUACGGUGACCAGCAAAGUUCUGGGUAAAUGUUCAGCAGCAGAGAUCGAGCUGAAGAAGCAGCAGGCGAUGGAGAGAAGACGACAGAAAAUGCAGGCCGCCCAAAACCUCCAAGCUCCCAGCCAACUGAGAUAACCGGCUUUGUCUCGCCUCACCUCACCUGUGUGAAGAGUAAACCGGACUGCUGAACUGCUGUCAGAGCUCCACCUGUUUGCUGUGAGCUCUGUUUGUUAGCAGAAUACAUAUAAGUAGCAUAUAUAAAUAUAUGCUCCUCUAAAAUGAAACUGUACACGUACUUUAAUUUUAUGUUUAUGUAAAUGUUGUGUUUCUAAUCUAUCAGAUUUUUUUUUUAAAAACAAGUUGUUUUUUAAAGCAAACCAUGUUUUUGUGUCUUUGAAGGAAUAGUUCAACGUUUUGGGAAAUUCACAUUUGCUUUCUUUCAGAGAGUGGGAUUAGGAGUGUGUGUGUGUGUGUGCAUAUGUAUGGAGCUGGAGUCAGGAUGUGGUUAGCCUAGCUUAAAGUGAUCAUUCAGGUGUUUUGAAGUGGGGAUGUAUACUGAUGUACUUAUCCAUAGUAGGUGUAUUACUUACAGUAGAUGACAGUCAGCACGCUCCCAGUUUGGAGAAACAGACAGGAGUUCAGACACGGGAGCAAAGCAAUACAGUGCUGUGGACGUGGACGGCAGAAAUUUUAGAUACCUAAAAGGCUCACCUAAAAAGAUCUUAUCGGUGUUAGCAUAUGCUAUAUUAACAAUACCAUCACCGCUUUAUCUUGCCGUAGUACGGCCCUUUCUUUCUCAUUUCCAACGGGGAAAUGAACUGAAGGGGAAACUUUUCUAUGCGCUCUUUAAAGCCAGCAGGC